CUGACGUAUGGACUACCCGAGUAGGUCCACAGAGCUAUAAUUGCAAAGAAGAAAAAGAAUAAUCUGUUAAAACUGAUCUACAGUCAAGACUAUUUUUUUACUCUAUAAACUGUAGUGUUUUAUAUAAAAGUGCCUUAUAUAAUUAUUCAAAUAAAGAAGAAAGCAUGGAUGAGCUGAAUUUAUCAAGUCUAGAGAUCGAAAACCAAACUUCUAAGAGUGAAGAAGAUUAUUUAUUUGACAAAGUGAUUGGACAUAUUGAAGAUUUGUUAUUAGAAGAAGGCUUUCAAGCCCUUCAGCAUAAAUUUUUAGAAAAAUACUGGGAUGUCUUUGAACCAGUAGAAGAUAACAAAUUAAUUUAUACUAAUAUAUUUAAUGAAUAUACUAAAGCUGUAGAGGUAUAUAUUGUAGAUUAUCUCAAGAAUGUCAUGCCACAAUUCACUAUAGAUAUUCUUUUACAUCAGUUAAAGAAAAAACAGGCAGAACUGGAAGGUGAAGUCUUUGAAGUACUGUCAACGAUAACUGAUUUUUUGGCUUUCAAAGAAAUGGUCCUUGAUUACAGAGCAGUAAAAGAAGGUAAAAUUGAUGAUCUCAGCUGUGGAAUAUCAGUGACAUCUUUGAAAUCUAGUAUAGAAAACAGUACAUACCAAGAUAAUAUGUAAUUAUUAGCCAAAAUAUGCCUUUAGACAAAGAAUAGGAUACUAACAUAUACAUAUACAUAUACAUAUAUAUUAUAUAUGUAUACAUAUGCAGGAUGAUUCAUAACAACCCAUUAUCCUUGAAAAUACACAUUCUUGACUAAAUUCUAAGACAAUUUUUUAUUUGACAAAAUUUUUGCUGAAACUUACUUUUUAAGUUGUUAAUUAAAAUAGGUGACUUAUCACGAGUCGGAUACAAGAGGUAGGCAGGAGUGGUGCAACUUAUCGUGAUUGACAGUGAUUUAUGUAAUGCAUGGAUUAAAUGAUACAAAUUACGAAUAAAUAAAUAAAUAAGUGAGAAAAAAAGAGACAGAGAGAGAUGCAGAAACUGUAGCGAUCAGCUGAUCGCGUCAGGCACCACACGUAAUCGCCCGCAUCUGGCAGUAAGUUGCGCUACCUCUGCCUACCUCUUGUAUCUCUUAUAUAUACAUAUAUAUGUACAAAGGACUGCAUCAUAUCGUGCGUUCCAGGUGAAGUAUUUCUCAUAUGUCUCGCCAACCACCCGAGAUUGAAGGAGAAUGGCGCGGCAGUAGAAGAAAUUUCCGAGAAAUACUACCUCUCAAACCCCACGAUAUGGCGCACCCCUCUGUAUAUAUAAAUGUGUAUAAAUAUAUAUAUAUGUGUAUAUGUAUAAAUACACACACGCACACACACAAUACA